CAUAAAUUUUUAAUUAUUUAUUGCUCGUUGAUUUUCGGGAAAAAUGGAAGCUUUUGUAAAUACGUCGGGCGUAAAAGUGCGAAAUUUCAGCGAAAUCAAACAGGAUCUAUUUGACGAUGAGAAAGUCGAGACUGUCACGUCGAAGGAACAGAAAAAGGUCGAACAAACAAUCGAACAAAUUUACGAUCGAUUCGAGCAAUAUGCCGCAUUGGAUCCGACGUUGCCCGUGUUAAAUCGCAAAAAUCACGCCGCAUUUUUGGAAAGAGUGUUAAAGAGUCUUUCCAGUUCGUUUGAAUGUCUUGAUGCCUCGCGCCCAUGGCUUGUUUAUUGGACUCUUAAUGCUGCGGCGAUACUUAAUAUUCGUUUUAGCGACGAAACGUACGAUCAUGUUGUUGAUUUUUUGACGCGAUGUCGAUGUCCCGAGGGCGGAUUUGGCGGAGGACCUCAACAAAUUGCCCAUUUAGCUCCUACUUAUGCAGCUGUGAAUGCUUUAGUCAUAAUUGGCACGGAAAAGGCAUUCAAAGCGAUUGAUAAAAAUUCGUUAAAAAAAUUUUUCUUGUCCGUCAAAGAACCAAAUGGCGCUUAUCGAAUGCAUGUAGGCGGCGAAGUUGAUGUUCGAGGAGCUUAUUGUGCAAUUUCAUCGGCAAAAUUAGUGAAUGUCUCGAAAGAAGAUGAACAAAUUCUCUUUCGAAAUACCGCAAAAUGGAUUGCCGAGUGUCAAACUUACGAAGGCGGCUUCGGAGGAGCUCCCGAUCUCGAAGCUCAUGGCGGAUAUUCGUUUUGUGCAGCAGCAGCUUUAGCAAUGUUAGGAACAACUUCUCACGUUGACUUGCAUGCCUUGUUACGAUGGACCGUAAAUCGUCAAACACGAUAUGAAGGAGGAUUUCAGGGAAGAACAAACAAAUUAGUCGACGGUUGUUACUCUUUUUGGCAAGGCGCUCUAAUUCCCAUCGUACAAGCACUUAUCGCGAAAGAAGAACCCGAAUUGGGAGCUUUUAUGAAACGCCCGAUGUUCCAUAGAGAAGCUUUGCAAGAAUACAUCCUCAUUUGUUGUCAACGCCCGACGGGAGGUUUGAUCGAUAAACCCGGCAAACCCGCAGAUCCGUAUCACACGUGUUACAAUUUAAGCGGAUUGUCUGUCGCACAACAUUGUGACAUCGAACGUGAUCCCAUCGUUAUUGGAGAUCCCAUGAACGAAGUCCUGCCAACACAUCCAGUCCAUAAUGUACCUCCGAAAUGCGUGUUAAAGUGUUACAUGCACUUUUUGCACGAACCUGAAGACCAAGACGAACCAUUAACGGAACCCGUUGUCGAAAUUAUCGAACAAAACGGGACAUCACGAGGCUCCUCGAACACAACGGGGACCUUUGAACGUCUUUUUAAGUCGCCCGAACAAGAAAUGGAUAUCAGCGAAACGAUAAAUACGACGAGAGAAGGUUCGCAAGCAACGGAAAUCAGUUCAAAGUCGAAUGAGGAAGACGAAGAAAUCCAAAGCAAUAGCAAUUCUGUAGAAAAAUCAAGUGCCAUUAGUUCAGAAAGAAGUCGAUCGGAUCGCGAAAGUAGCGGAAGAAGCAGUAGUUGGGUUGAUGUAGGGACGGAGAGUGAAAGAGCGAGCGAACCGAGAUCAGAACAAGGAGAUGAAGAAUCUAUGGAAAUGCGAGUGAUACCCGAAAAAAUCUUCAAAAAAAUGAUUCGCACUCCAUUAAGUCGCAUCAGCAACCUUCGCGGCGUUCUCUCCGCCUCAACGCAAGUCGCCUGCAAAAGCAGUAGCGCCGCAAGUGCUGUCCCAAGCAAAGCUCCCGAAAAAUUCGAAGUUUUUAUCGAUGACAUCCCGGUUAUGGUUGAGCCUGGCACGACUGUUUUACAGGCAGCUGCGCAAGUUGGCAUCGAAAUUCCCCGUUUUUGUUAUCACGAACGCCUUGCUGUCGCCGGAAAUUGUCGCAUGUGUUUGGUAGAAGUUGAACGGAGUCCAAAGCCUGUUGCGGCAUGUGCGAUGCCCGUCAUGAAGGGAUGGCGCAUCAAAACGGAUUCGGAAAUGACGAAACGCGCACGCGAAGGCGUCAUGGAAUUUUUGCUGAUGAACCAUCCGUUGGAUUGUCCAAUUUGCGAUCAAGGCGGCGAAUGCGAUUUGCAAGAUCAAGCAAUGGCAUUCGGAAGUGAUCGUUCCCGCUUCGAGGAUAUAAAUCAUUCGGGAAAACGAGCAGUUGAGGAUAAGGAUAUUGGUCCUUUGAUUAAAACAAUUAUGACGCGAUGCAUUCAUUGCACACGUUGCAUCCGUUUUGCCUCAGAAAUUGCCGGAGUGAAUGAUUUGGGAACCACGGGACGCGGAAAUGACAUGCAAAUUGGCACAUAUGUCGAGAAAUUCUUCUUGAGUGAGUUAUCGGGCAACGUAAUUGACUUGUGUCCCGUUGGAGCAUUGACUAACAAGCCAUAUAGCUUCGUAGCUCGCCCUUGGGAGAUUCGUCGAAUUGACAGUGUUGACGUUAUGGAUGCCGUUGGAAGCAAUAUUGUCGUAAAUACCCGCACGAAUGAAGUUCUUCGUAUUUUGCCACGUGAAAAUGAAGAAAUCAACGAGGAAUGGUUAUCGGAUAAAUCUCGUUUUGCUUGCGACGGAUUGAAACGUCAACGUUUAGUUGCCCCCAUGUUGAAAAAACCUGAUGGCGAAUUACAAGCUGUUGAAUGGGAAUCUGCUCUCAUUGCUGUCGCCAAAAAUUUGCAAGCUGCUCAAGGAAAAGUUGCCGUUGUCGCCGGAGGAUUAGCUGAUGUCGAAGCAAUGGUUGCUCUAAAAGAUCUUCUUCAACGCUUGGGAUCUGAAGUUGUUUGCACUGAACAAUCUUUCCCGAGCGGCGCUGAUUUGCGAUCAAAUUACGUCAUGAAUAAUGGAAUUGCCGCAUGUGAACAAGCUGAUUUAGUAUUGCUUGUUGGUACAAAUCCGCGUUACGAAGCUCCUUUAGUCAACACUCGUUUGCGCAAAGGAUACGUUCAUAACGAGACUGAUAUCGCUUUAAUUGGACCCAAUGUUGAUUUGUCAUAUCCGCAUGAAAAUUUGGGUGCAGAUCCUCAAGUUUUGGCCCAAAUUGCUGAUGGGCAACAUCCGUUCUUUGCUCGUUUGAAGGCAGCAAAGCGUCCUUUGGUUAUUGUCGGAGCUGAUGUUCUCGCACGAAAUGAUGGAGCUUCAUUCCUCGCCGCUGCGAAAAAAUUAUGCGGAAAAUUGUCUCCCGAAAGUCCCGAUUGGAAGCCUUUCAACGUUUUGCAAACCACAGCAGGACAAACAGGCGCUUUAGACGUCGGUUAUCACGGCGGAGUUGAUGCCGCAAUUGCCGCAAAGCCCAAAGUUUUGUUCCUCUUGGGCGCUGAUGCGGGAAAUAUCAAACGUGAUCAAUUGCCAGCCGAUUGUUUUGUCGUUUAUCAAGGACAUCAUGGAGAUAACGGGGCUUCGAUGGCAGAUUGUGUCUUACCCGGAGCUGCUUACACGGAGAAACAAGCUACUUAUGUCAACACAGAAGGACGGGCACAACAAACGCUCGUUGCGGUUACUCCUCCGGGCAUGGCGCGUGAAGAUUGGAAAAUUAUCCGCGCAUUGUCAGAAAUUGUCGGCAAACCAUUGCCAUAUGACACCUUGGAUGAAUUACGCGAUCGCAUGGAGCAAAUUGCACCGCAUUUAGUGCAAUACGGAAAAUUACAUCCGGCAAAUUAUCAAAAGAGCGGCGAAGAAUUGGCAAAAUCCGCGGGAACGGGACGCUUCGAAUCCAACAUUGACUUUAAGCAAAAAUUACUGAAAGAUUUCUUCAUGACGGAUCCCAUUACAAGAGCAUCGCCAACAAUGGCAAAGUGUACUGUUGCCGCAGCAAAUGUUAAUCACUAAAUUUUUAUCUCUUUCGUUUUUUCGUAGACAUCUAAAAGGAAAAAUUGUAAAAAUAAAAAUCGAUGAAAUAUUGUCGAAAACCUUAAAAUAUAAAUAAAUGAAAAAAAUUAAUAAAA